AUGCACAUUCCUCCAUUCCAGUGGGCGUGGCUGCCACUAAUCAUGCUCAUGCUCAUGCCAAAGCGAGCCACGGGCGUGGACAGGAGGAAUCACCUGGACCUGGCCCGCACCGACAAUCGGCUAAUGAGGCUGCCGUUUUUUGGCGGCGGAGUGGGUCACCUGCUGCGCUAUCUGCAUCCACUGGCCAUGGUGAAUCCCCCAUCGCCACCCCGUGGCCGUAUCAACGAGCUGCGCAGCGAACUGGACCCCAAUUACGUGAGCUAUCGCGGUGCCCAGCUAUGGAAGCUCAAUUUUAAUGCCACUCGGGGUUCAUCCAUGGAGGAGGAUCGUGAGGAGGAGGAGGCCGAAUCAGGGGAACCGGAGCUGGGUCGACGGAUGGACAACGACGACGACGACUCCUCACCGGAUGCCCAGUUCAACGAGGUGGUUGCUCUAUUCGGCAGCGAAGUGUGGAACAUCAACCAGGAUGGCAUCGAUAUACUCAUCGAACAGCGGAAUGUGGCCGAUGCCCGGAAAUUCAUGGAAAAGGUCGGCUUCAGCUACAACAUCAUGAUCGAUGACAUCGAAGCGGCCAUUGAUGAGACCUAUGUGGAAGUGCCAGCGGUGGAUCAUCCACUGGACACCGUCCGGAAUGGUUCACUGCCCUGGAUGGACAUACCGGGAACGCUGAUGAGCUGGCGAAGGUACCACGAUCAGGCCGAUAUCCAGCAGUUUAUGCAGACGCUGCUGGAGAAACACUCGGAAAUGGUGGAAAUCAUACAGAUCGGAGUCACGCGCAACAAGCGGCCAAUGGAGGUGAUCAGAGUCUCCAAUGGCAAUCCGGAUAACUGGGCUGUUUUUGUGGAUGCUGGGAUGCAGGCCCGCGACUGGCUGAGUCCCGCCGCCCUCACCUAUGCCCUGUCCAAGCUGACCCAUCUCUGGGGUCAGGGUCAGUUGGAACUGGGAAUGCGUGGCAUUGACUGGUACGUCCUGCCCCUGGCCAAUCCCGAUGGCUAUCAGUACUCGCGGCAGACGGACCGCCUGUGGACCAAGAACCGAGCCCACGAUCCGGCCACCGGUUGCUAUGGCGUCAACUUGGACAGGAACUUUGAGUAUGGCUGGGGUGGCACUGGCUCAACGAGUAGUCCCUGCAAAAAUCUCUACCGCGGACCGAAGAGCUUCUCCGAGCCGGAGACUCGUGCCCUGCGGAGCUUCCUGACCGGAUUGCGGGAAUAUCUCGGUGCGUAUAUAUCCCUGGGAGGCUAUGGCCAGGCCAUUGCCUAUCCCUGGGGUGAUGCGGACUAUGUGACGGAGAACCAGCAUGAUCUGAAGCAUGUGGCAAGGAGGGCAGUGCUCGCACUGAGGAGACUCAACCAGGCGGAGUACUCGUCGGGCACCAGCUACCGCCAGAAGCUGGCCAGGCCAGGCAACUCGGCGGAUUGGGUGCAGGAUCGUGUUGGGGGUCAGCUGGUGUACAAUAUGUUCUUAAAGGAUCAGGGACGCUACGGAUACCUGAUGCCUCCGCACUACAUAGUAGAGUCGGGGGAGGAGGUUUUCGAGUUCCUGAGGAUCAUAGCCCAGCAGUUGCAGUAA